AUGCCUGAGGAUGCUGAUCCGAUGAGGGAAACUGCCGUCAAGCUGAGACGCUCGUACUCUGAGCUGUACGCACAGUCAGCCUUGGCGGGCGUUGAGAGUUGUCUUGAUGAGUACGAGCACAUGCGCGCCGCUUUCUCUGCCGAUAUGGAUUUGUCGCAAGCUCCGCAAAGUCCGUUGCAUUCAGGCCUCCCUCUUCCUGUGGAGCCUGUUCUGGCGCUGGCGCUACUUGCUACCUAUGAGUACGUCCAGCGAAGUAAUAUUGCGAAGAUGCGUGCCCGAGCCAAUCAAGCACUUACAACGGCCAUGGAUCUAUCUCUACACACGGCUAGCACCGGUAGCUCGGAGUACUCGGACGCUCUUCGUCGUGCGUGGUGGAUGGUGAUGUUUGUGGUUUAUCAGUCAUCUAUUCUGACGGCUUCGCCACCUAUCAUUACCGUUGACGAUCCCCGGAUCACCACACACUUUCCCGAAUUUCGAGGCUGCCGUGAACCGUGGCCGUUGCUGGUAAAAUCUCAGAAGGCAUUCAUCAACAGCUGCUGUAUAUCCCGAGAGCUGGCUCGGGAGAGCGUCGAAAGCCAGCACGCUUCGCUGCGGGAUCAAAUCCAGCAACUCUACACAUUCAUUUGUGAAGUGGCGGCGGAGGCAGAUCGAUUCCGAUGCGUGACGAAUUAUUCCGGGGCUGAAGCAGACGCCUCUCGAAACCUAUGGGCGAUGUCCCGCGCUUUAAUCCACACACAUCUCUCGUCGCCGAACCCACGCUUGUCUGACAUCGGUCUAGAGGCCGAUGGGAAAGCGUCCGGCACAGCCAGGGCGUUGCGUCCAUCAAGGUCGCCGCGCGAGUUGCCACAUUUGGCGUGCUGUACCCUGCAGGGCUUCUACACAAUUAGCAUGCUUUUGUCCAAGGUCCGCAGGGCCCUGUGUUCUGGCGAUCUAUCAAGCUGCUAUUACUUGCUGGAUAGACCGACCCCGGCUACCGAUGUACAGGAUACAGAGCGAUUGAUCGAGGAGCUGCAACAGUCGCUCAAUGCGCUGAGUGCAUCAAUCCGGGCAGAUGCUGUUUUCGAGGGGUUGGCUGCUGCGGCUCGCGAGGUGGAAGAUACUUUGAGUGCUACCAUUGACUGA